UUACGUCUCAGUUCUUAGAAUUGAAGAGCUUCAAAGCGGGAAAGACACAGCAGUCUUUCCUGCACCUGUUGUGUUGCUCUAGUCUCGGUGUAAAACCACAAAUUUAACAUUGUAUGUAGGCAUUUGUCUCUAAAUGCGUCGAGGUGAACGUUGGAGCUGCCGGGUGCUAUUUCAUGGAUCUGGUUUUUGCGCGUGCAGUGUUGCUGCGGCGGCAACUAUUUAUUUUUGGCAUCUGACAUUAAAGCUCACCCUUUACAACAUGGCAGCAGCGACCCCACAAAUCCGCGACAGCGCCGGAGUCUGACUGGACCUCUUUGUUUGCGGUUUUUACUUUGUGGACAGACUGAGCGCAGAUAAAUGAUUUCUUUUUACUAUCUCUGGCACUGACAAACACGCUUGUUGUGAGCUGUAAGAAGAGAGUAGUUGUGUGCCGUUGGUGGUGAACCAGCAUUGCCCCCAUCAUGACCAAAGAGGAGGAGAUUCCUGACUGGGUGGGAGCCAAGGAGUUCUAUGACAAGUAUGAGCCCAAGGAGAUUCUGGGCAGGGGAGUGAGCAGCGUGGUGCGUCGCUGCAUCAACAAGCGGACGUCUCAGGAAUAUGCGGUGAAGAUCAUCGACAUCACCCCCUCUGACAAGAUGACUCCGGAGGAGAUCGAGGAAAUCAGGGAUGCCACCGAGAAGGAGAUUGACAUCCUCAAGAAAGUCUGUGGACAGGAAAACAUCAUACAGCUCAAAGACUGCUACGAGUCCAAAGCCUUCUUCUUCCUGGUUUUUGACCUGAUGAAGAAAGGUGAACUUUUUGACUACCUCACAGAAAAAGUUACUUUGAGUGAGAAGGAAACCAGAAACAUCAUGCGCGCUUUGCUGGAUGUCGUCCAGUUUCUUCAUGCACAAAACAUCAUCCACCGGGAUCUGAAGCCAGAGAACAUCCUUUUAGAUGAUGAUAUGAACAUCAAACUCACUGACUUUGGCUUUGCUGUGCAAAUCCAUCCAGGACAGACUCUUAAAGAGGUCUUUGGAACUCCUGGUUAUCUUGCUCCAGAGAUCAUUGAGUGCUCCAUGGAUGCAGGACACCCAGGAUAUGGUACAGCUGUGGACAUAUGGAGUUCAGGUGUUAUCAUGUACACGCUGCUUGCUGGCUCUCCACCAUUCUGGCACAGGAAACAGAUGCUAAUGCUGCGCAUGAUCUUGGCAGGGAAAUAUGACUUCUCAUCUCCAGAGUGGGAGGACCGCUCAGACACUGUCAAAGAUUUGAUCUCGAGAAUGUUGGUGGUGGACCCAAAGCAGCGUUUCACUGCUAUGGAUGCUCUCAACCACCCGUUCUUCUCACAGUAUGUGGUAAACGAAGUGCGACAGUUCAGUCCAUACAGGCGGUUCAAGGUCAUCUGUAUGACAGUGCUCGCUACAAUGCGGAUCUACUGCAAUUACCGCCGUGCCAAACCUGUCACCAAAGAGGUGAUCAAGAGUGACCCAUAUGCCGUCAAGCCCAUCCGUAAGCUCAUCGAUGCCUGUGCAUUCAAGAUCUACGGCCACUGGGUCAAGAAGGGUCAAACUCAGAACAGAGCAGCGCUCUUUGAAAACUCUCCAAAGGCCAUCUUGCUGUCAAUAGCUGCUGAGGCUGAUGAGCAGGGCCAGCACAGCUGGUAACAAACCUGCAAGAACUGAGAUUUGCGCCUACUCCUGCUUCCUUUGUAUGACAGAAAUGAACUGGUAAACUAUGGCAGUGCUGAUAAAGUUUGUUUAAGCAUGCUUUGCUCAAUAAUAAAAAGUAGUAUUGUUUAGUAAUUUAUCACAACUCCUCAGUUUAAUAUCUUGAAGAUGAAACUGAUAAAACACGUUGCUUUCUUUGUUGUUCUUCUGGAAAAUAAGUUAUUUUUAAGUGAAUGUAGCAACUGCAGCGACUAAACUGCAGUCUGUAAGUUUAUUUCAUGUCUUCCUCCAUCAUAUGGGGGUAUUUCCCCAUUUUUAAUCAAAAGCAUAAUUCUUGAAAGCAAAUGUAUUCCUCUCAAAACUCUGCUCCCACACUCAAAAAGUUCCUUCUUGUUCUCAAAUAUAUUCUUCUUCCUUCCAAACCUCUGCUCCUCUUCUCAGGUUUAGUGUUGCAGGGUUAAAUCUCCUGCACUCGAGCUCGGUCUAGUUUCCCCACACUCUGACACGUUCUAUGCUCUUUCAAAACUUGUGCUUUUGGAUAUUUUUUUUUUCCUCUCUUGGGUUGCUGAAUGAGCAGUCUGUCAAACAUCCUCCAGCCAAUAGAAUGCUAGAUAAAUGCUGACCAAGCAAAUCAUCACCGCCUUCUUCAGGGUGCACUUGUUCAAAUGUGUGGUUUAACAUUAGAAUGUGUAUUUACAAAAAUUUGGUAUAUUUAACCUGAAAACAGCAGAAUUGUGAAACUUGACUGCAAAACUUGGAAAUUACCUCCAUAGUUUAACUGAGUUCAAUAUUAAACCUGCAAACUUGAAGUAGCAUGGACUCACAGAUCAAGUGUCACUUUUGUACUGGCACUAGCUCACAGAAAAGAGAGCACUUUAAAGUGUAUGCCAUAAAUGUAUUUAUUAAAAUGUGCAUUUAAAAGCUGAGUCUUGUCAUUG